GAUCACAGAAGAGAAGAAAUAUGGAAUAUCAACAUUAAGGGUGUAUAAAUAUAUAUUGUUCAAGUCUGUGGUGGUUCUUCUAGCUAGUUGCAGCAAGUAUUAGCUAGCCAUGGCUACCCACGCAGCUCUUGCUUCUUCAAGAAUCCUAACCAAUCGAAGGCUACCCAUUUCCAGAACCACUUUACCCUCUCAAUGUCUCUCCAAGAGGAUCGACGUGGCAGAGUUUUCUGGUCUCAGAUCGAGUGGCUGCGUCACCUUCGCUACCAACACUCGUGAAUCGUCCUUCUUCGACGUGGUUGCUUCCCAGCUCACUCCUAAGGCAACUGGAUCAGCAGCGCCUGUUAAAGGAGAGACAGUGGCCAAACUGAAGGUGGCAAUUAAUGGAUUCGGACGAAUUGGAAGGAACUUCCUCAGGUGCUGGCAUGGACGCAAGAACUCUCCACUCGAAGUUGUUGUCGUCAACGACAGUGGCGGUGUUAAGAACGCAGCUCAUUUGCUCAAGUAUGAUUCUACAUUGGGAACAUUCAAGGCUGAUAUCAAAAUAGUGGAUGAUACUACCAUUAGUGUUGAUGGUAAGCCCAUUAAAGUGGUCUCAAACCGUGACCCUCUCAAGCUUCCAUGGGCAGAAAUGGGAAUUGACAUCGUCAUUGAGGGAACUGGAGUUUUUGUUGAUGGUCCCGGAGCUGGUAAGCACAUUCAAGCCGGAGCCAAGAAAGUUUUGAUCACGGCCCCAGCAAAAGGUGCAGAUAUCCCCACCUAUGUUGUUGGUGUAAACGAAGGAGAUUACUACCACGAGGCUGCUGAUAUUGUCAGCAAUGCUUCUUGCACCACAAACUGCUUGGCUCCUUUUGUGAAAAUUAUUGACGAAUCUUUUGGCAUUGUGAAGGGAACAAUGACAACUACCCAUUCUUACACUGGUGACCAGAGGCUGUUGGAUGCUUCACACAGGGACUUGAGAAGAGCAAGAGCCGCAGCCCUAAACAUUGUCCCAACCAGCACUGGAGCGGCUAAGGCUGUGUCUCUGGUGCUGCCGCAGCUGAAGGGAAAGCUCAAUGGAAUAGCUCUCCGUGUGCCCACGCCUAAUGUAUCAGUUGUGGACCUUGUUGUGAACGUAGCCAAGAAAGGACUGACAGCUGAGGAUGUAAAUGGGGCGUUCAGAACUGCGGCUGCUGGCCCAUUGAAGGGCAUACUGGAUGUGUGUGACAUCCCUCUUGUAUCAGUUGAUUUCAGGUGCAGCGAUGUCUCUUCCACAAUAGACUCGUCUUUGACUAUGGUCAUGGGAGAUGACAUGGUUAAGGUUGUCGCUUGGUAUGACAAUGAAUGGGGAUACAGCCAAAGGGUAGUUGAUUUAGCACAUUUGCUGGCAAGCAAGUGGCCUGGCAUUGGGGACGGAGUAGGAGGAAGUGGAGACCCAUUGGAUGAGUUCUGUAAGACCAACCCUGCUGAUGAAGAGUGCAAAGUCUAUGAAUGAAGCUUAAACAACUUCAUUUCCUCUUCUUCUUUUUUCCUUAGGGGGUAAAGUAUUUAUUCUCUCAUUUGUGAGUAUGCUGUGGAGAAACAAAUAAUGAAUCAGCAAAACAAUUACAUUAUUUCGCGAUUAUUCGUAUAUUUUGACAAUAUUCAGAGGACGGUUUCCUCAAGCAAAA